AUGAAUAUAAAUGAUAAUGAACAAAUAGUUAAUUUAUUAUUAAUUUUAAUUGGAUUACCAGCAUGUGGUAAAACCACAUUUUCCAAAACUCUAAUAGAAUAUCUAUAUAGUAAUAAAAUAAAUUUAAUCGAUAAUAAUAAUUUAACAUCAAAUAUAGACCAACAAAUUAAUAUAUAUCAUUUAGAAUAUGAUGAAAUAUUUAAAUUAAUAUGUAAAAAAAUAGAUAAUAAUAACUCUUUAGAAAAUUGGAAACCUACAAGAUUAGAAGUUUAUAGUCAAAUAUUAAAUAUUAUAAAUAAUAAAAAUAAUAAACUUAUUUUAUUAAAUCAAAUAUUACCAAUUAAGUCAUAUAAAUUAAGUAAUAAUAUAGAUAAUAAUAAUAACAAUAGUAUAGAUAAUAUAAAUAAAAGUAAAACUAUAAUAAAUUUAAUAAUAUUGGAUGAUAAUAUGUAUUAUAAAAGUAUGAGAUAUAAAUACUAUCAACUUUCAAAUAGUUUCCAAAAUGUUAAAUAUUGUCAAAUUUAUUUUAAAAAAGAUAUAUAUAAAUCAAUCGAAAAUAAUAAUAAUAGAACUAUAAAUAAUCAAAAUCAUAAUAAUUUUAAAAAUAUUAACUACCACAGCGAUCAAGAUGAAAUGGUUUUUCUACUAUCAAAAGAAAAAGAAAGAAAUAUUACCAAAAAUAAUAUUAUACACCAAUUUGAUUUACAAUGUAGAAAAAUAAUUAGCGACAUUAUGAAGUCUAAAACUAAAUCAAGUGGUUGCAAUAGCAGUGUAAAUACGCCAUAUUCCAAUGUCUCAAAGGUUCUUAGUCAAUAUAAACAAACUUUUUUAAAAACUACAUUGACAGGCUUCAUUCAAGACAAUCACGACUAUAUACAAGAAUAUUCAGAUAUAAUACCCCCUCCACAUAUUAAAAUAGCUUUUUAA